AUGGUGAACAUUUGCGGAAUUUGGAUUUUUUUCGUUGGUAUCAAAAAUAUCGUAUUCUGGUAUAAAAUCUGCUGUUGAUUUAGGAGUUGGGUAUGAGUAUUAUUUGGAUUUCUAUUGCAUCAAUUUGGCUGUUCAAUUUUUAUGUGUAUUCUCAAAUUAUUUUUGGCUCAUUUAUUUAGUUGUUCCUGGAUAUAUAGGAUGGUAUGGAUUUAA